AGUUAGGAUAUCGCGAGAGUAAAAUUAGUAGCAUUGCUGCUGUUAAUUGUCGGGUUUACAGCCCGGUUUACGUCCAAUUUCACCCAGUUUAGGCCCAACAUGACUCUCUGCUGGUUCCGCUGAUGAUCCGGUUUUGGACUCCGGUCCGGACAGUUCUCAAAAGGUUCUGCAGCGCUUCAGAUAUGCCGAACCCGAAAGGAAAGUUCUUCUACGCUGUCAGGAAGGGAGUCAAACCCGGAGUCUACAAGUCAUGGGAAGAGUGUAAGAUCCAGGUGGACAAGUUUCCAGCUGCGUCGUUUAAGAAGUUUGGAUCAGAACGAGAUGCCUGGGCAUUCUUCAGAGGAGAAGACCCGUCUGUGGUUCCGGACCACAGCACAGGAGCCUGGCCUGGAGAGGCAGACGUCUCUCUGCUCCCCAGACGGGGCCCAGAACCGGUGGAGUGCAUCCCGCUAGGAACGAAGAGGCCCCGCCCAGAGGAGGGGGCGGAGCUUCAGCCUAAACGAGCCAAGACAUCAGACAGCUCGUUAGCAGGAAGCAGUGAUGGGUUCAACUACAUGGGUGAUGCGGUGGUGGUGUACACCGACGGCUGCUGCUCAGCCAACGGCCGGGACCAGGCCCGGGCCGGGAUCGGGGUCUACUGGGGCCAGAACCACCCACUAAAUGUUGCAGAGAGGCUGCAGGGGCGGCAGACCAAUCAGAGAGCAGAGAUUCAGGCAGCCUGCCGGGCUCUGGAACUGGCCCGGCAGAACCACAUCCAGAAGCUGGUUCUCUACACUGACAGCAAGUUCACCAUCAACGGUGUGACCAGCUGGGUGAAGACCUGGAAACUGAACGGCUGGAGGCUGAAGUCUGGCGGUCCAAUCACCAACAAAGAAGACUUUAUGAAGCUGGACCGGCUGAACUCUGAGCUGGACGUGGUCUGGAUGCACGUUCCGGGCCACGCCGGGUUCACCGGGAACGAGAUGGCAGACCGGCUGUCCAGGGAGGGAGCAGCCAAGCAGCCACUGUGAAAAGUUUCUGAUGUUUUCUGUUUUUCUUUCUGCUCAGGGUGAAUAAAGUUUAGUUUACUUCCGACCGUGAAGCCGACGGCA